AUGUUGACAGCAAGGGAAUCACCUUCAAGGCUUGAUGCCUUUAUUUAGUCACUGAAAAAGGACAGAGACUGCCAUAAAUGUGAGACUGAGGAUUUGUUAAAGGUUAGGAAACACGUCUUAAGUCCUAAGUAAAUCUCUACUUGUGGCAGCAUUAAAAAAAAAAAAUCAUCCAUCCAGGAAGUGGUUUCUGAUCCAGAAGUCUUGAAAAUAUUGAAUAUGAAGGACUUGAGUCAACAUGGAAAAUUAAUGAAUGUCAUAGCAGAAAUUCAGGGUAACUUCCAAGUUUUAACAGCUGAAAGAGACAAAAUUCUCAGUCUUUAUGAAAGGGCAUGGAAGGAACUUUCCCAGCUUUGCCAGGAAGCUAUAAAAUGCCCCAGGACUCCUAAAAGUUAUCACCAUGUGACAGCUCAAGCUGUGUUAAGACACAUGGAGAUAGAAAGGGAUACAGCACUGUCGUAUUUCUGAAGGAUGUCUACAGAACAUGAUAGCCUCAGGGAGCAGUUACAGAUUUCCCAAGAGAGUGUGUUUAAUGAAAAGGCUCAUUUGGAGCAGAGAAUUGAAGAGCUUUAAACUACUAUUCACGAUUUAGAUAGUGAACAGUUAGAACAGAUGUCUAAAGUGGCACUGAUGAAAGACACCAUUGAUUCUUUGGAAACUGAGAUGAAAAGAUUGACAAGAAAAGUACUGGAUUCUGAAACUGUGAGUUGAUAGGAAGCUGAAUAUGCUUCUCUUAAUUUAUUGAAUGAAAAGACAGAACUGAGUCUUUCAUAGAUUCAGUGAAGCCUUGUGAAGAAAAAACUUGAAAUGCAACUUAUAAGAAAAUUAUGUCUGGCAAGGGUACUAUAUAAAGAGCUAGCAAAGUACCAAACUGAGUUUGAUGAUAUGAAGUUGAACGCACAGGAUUAAAACUGAGGUAUUUUCAGGCUGAAGCAUGUGCUGAAGUCUAAAAACUGUGAGCUCUUGGAAAAUUAUCACAAAGCCUGUGAACAAGGAAGUUGGGAAGCAAAAUGCCAUGAAGGAGAAACAGGCUUUUCUGUUAGACGGGCACUGAUCAGUGCGUCUGAGAGCCACAGUUGGAAAGGAAAAAUAGAGUCCCUUGAAACACAGAUGGAGCAACUGCAGAGCAAGUGUGAGUCAAACCAUUCUGAAACAGAGAUGCUGAGAAAACAACUGGGAAAUGAAAAAGCAUCUAUAAAAAACCUGGAAUCUUCGCUUGUGUCCAGUUGUGAGAAUGAAUUUCAGUCACAGAGAGCAAACCAAGAGAAAGUCUCUGAAAUUCAGUUUCACAAGGAACAGCUUUCUUUAGUAGAAAACAAUCUUGCUGUGCAGAAUCAAGAAUUUACUCACCUCAGAAACAGAGCAACAGAGUCAGAACUGGAUAUCACCAAAACACAGCUGGGGACUGAGCACUUUGAUAGUAAGGAUCAAGGGUCUGAAGAGGGCAUCUUUGAGAAGAUCAUCUUCAUGGAAAGAAAUUAA